CCCCAUAAUGCACAACAGGAACCUCCAAAUAGCAAAUAAUGCACUGAGCCAACCCAAAGAUGAAAGACAAGCAUAGGACACGAUCAGAAAUCUCUCCCUAGGAAAUAAAGAAUUGUGUGGAAGCAAGUCACACUUUUUCUGGCUUCUGGUCUUCUAGCCAGGCUACACUACUACAAUGCAUCUACACAGGAGAAAACGGCUUCAGUUGAACCGGAUUUUGUUCAUAGUGUGUGUGAUGUUCCUCUGCUCUCUUUAUCAGCUAUCAGUUGAUGAACGGAUGGAUCCAGAACAUUGGACAGAGACUAAUCUGGAGGAUCCUAGCUUGGUGAGGGAUGCAGAAACAGAGAUGACUAUAAAAGUAUCUGUCCGAGAACUGAUAAACCAGACCACCACUAGCAGCACCACCACCACCACCUCUACCUCAGUUCCCCCUACAGAUAAUGUAACAGAAAGGACCAAAACCAGACACUGCAUUUUCGUGGCCCCCGAUCCCAUAACGCCCCCCAUUAAACCAACAAUCACAACCACUCUUUCAACCACUACCACUACCAGCAAACCCAUCAGACCCAUUUUGCCUCAUGCCAAAGGAGAGUACCCAGAGGACCUAUUCAGCAUAGAGCAACGCAGGAAGGGCUGGGUAUUGCUUCACAUCUUUGGCAUGAUGUACGUAUUUGUGGCCUUGGCCAUUGUCUGUGAUGAAUUCUUUGUUCCGGCUUUGGGGGUGAUCACGGACAAGCUUCAGAUCUCCGAAGACGUGGCUGGUGCCACAUUUAUGGCAGCUGGUGGAUCAGCACCUGAGCUUUUCACCUCCCUCAUUGGGGUGUUCAUUUCUCACAGCAAUGUAGGAAUUGGGACAAUUGUGGGCUCUGCCGUUUUUAACAUCUUGUUUGUUAUUGGUACUUGUGCCCUUUUCUCCAGGGAGAUCCUCAACCUCACCUGGUGGCCUCUGUUCAGAGAUGUCUCAUUUUACAUCCUGGAUUUGAUCAUGCUGAUUAUCUUUUUCCUUGAUAACGUUAUUCUGUGGUGGGAGAGCAUGUUGCUCCUCAGUGCCUAUGUGCUUUAUGUCAUCUUUAUGAAAUGCAAUGUCCAGGUGGAAGCAUGGAUGAAGAAACAGCUGUCUAAGAGGAAGCGGCUUGUCAAAGUAAUGGCGUUGGAAGACAGUGACACUGCUAAGAAAGGCAAUGGGUCAGUUGCAGGGGAUGAGCCAAAGCCACCAGAAGACAACAACAGAUUAAAGCUGAAACCAUUCCUUACCAGAGGCGGGAGCUCGGCCUCUCUGCACAACAGCACCAUCCGCAGCACCAUCUUCCAGCUUAUGAUUCACACCCUGGACCCUCUAGGGGAAGCAAAAUUUAAGGACAAGGCUGAAAUCAUGAACAACAUGGCCCAGGCCAAGGUAGACACAGAGGUCAAAAAAGGACUGAAAAUCAAAGAUGAGAAGGCUGAUGGUGAAGUUACCAACUCAGUGAACGUACAGGUGACUCCCGCUACUGGGUCUGAGCCCUCCCGGGAUGCAGAUGAUGAUGAAAGGGACAAGGAUGACACUCAGAAGGGCCCGGCGGAAGCAGGUGAUGGAGGAGGGGGCUCUGACAGCAGCGGAGAUGGCAGUGAUGACAGCGAUGACAGUGAUGAUGACAGUGAUGAUGAUGAUGGCGACGAGGAUGAUGAAGAAGAGCCAGAUGAACCUCUGUCUUUGGAGUGGCCAGAUACCAAAAGAAAGCAAAUUACAUACCUGCUACUUCUGCCCAUUGUAUUCCCCCUGUGGCUGACUGUGCCCGACGUUAGGAGUCCGAAAUCAAGAAGAUAUUUUGCCCUGACAUUUUUGGGUUCUAUCAUGUGGAUCGCUAUUUUCUCAUACCUGAUGGUAUGGUGGGCACAUCAGGUGGGAGAAACAAUAGGCAUUUCGGAAGAGAUAAUGGGUCUGACCAUACUGGCUGCUGGCACAUCUAUACCAGAUCUCAUCACCAGUGUAAUCGUGGCUAGGAAAGGAUUGGGAGACAUGGCUGUCUCCAGUUCUGUAGGGAGCAACAUCUUUGACAUCACUGUAGGAUUACCGGUUCCCUGGUUCCUGUUCUCAGUGUUUAAUGGUUUUAGCCCUGUGGCGGUCAGCAGCAAUGGCCUAUUCUGCGCCAUCGUCCUUCUCUUUCUCAUGCUUCUCUUUGUCAUAUUCUCCAUCGCUGCCUGCAAGUGGAAGAUGAACAAGUUUCUGGGCUUCACCAUGUUCAUUUUGUACUUUGUGUUUGUAAUAGUCAGUGUGAUGCUGGAGGACAGGAUAAUUGUGUGCCCCAUAUCUAUAUAGGACCACCCAGAGCCCUGCACUAUGCAUGAUAACAUACAAAUAUCACUAUUGCCCUCCAAUCAUAGAGCAUCCACUGUCCACUGUUAACGUAUUUGGUGCACAGACACUAUACCUAGUAAUUAUCAGCACUGUACCAAGCUAGACAAGGACUCCAGACCUAGAACAUCCUUACCCUGCACCAUGUACACUUUCUCAGACUAUGCACACAUAUCGUACAUGCUGUUGUCUGACAUUAUAAUUCCAUUAGGGAGACCUGCCAAGCAAUAUGUGAACCUCUAACAUCACUGCAAUUUAUAUUUAUAAACAUAUUCAGUGAACUGAAAUAAAAGUCUGAUAUAUAUAUUUUUUCUUGAAGCUUACAAUGAUCAUGUACUAGAGACGUGUGUAAAUAAGGUCACUGCCAAACAGAGGGCUCAUUCUGUGACCGUACAGUGUAGGUAUCACCAAAUGUCUAGUUAGUGUUGUAAAGAAAAGUAUUUAUUGUAUUAGGCUUUCCUUUCCCAUAAGGGCAGCUUUAGAGAUCUGUCCACACAGGCUGCCAUCCUUCUGUGAAAGUCUUUCAUAUCCUAAGUUGUUUUUUUUUUUGUUUACUUUAAAUCUAUAAAUUGCCACAAUGUUACAACACUUUUUUUUUCAUAAUCUUUAUGAUCUGUUUAAAUAAGGGAUUUAUUUCCUCUUUCUACAUAAAUCCAGUACUGAUGACAGCAGCUGCCUCUCAGCAAUCACUGAUCACGUAAAUGUCAUAGUGUCGGUAUAAUCACCGAAUUCCCCUAUCGGUUCUGUUUUAGAACAAGCGUUAUUUUUUGACUGACUGAACUCCAAGCCACUCCUUUAUAUUAAAUAUAGAUACAC